AUGGCUCCUGCCGCCGUCAGCCCUGGCCCCGGCCAUGUGCGCUUCAUCCCAUUCACCUACGACCCCGCCGACUCCCAGGCGUCCGCCCUCAAGCUCAUCUACACCAUUGCGCCGCACUGGGCCAACGAUGACAAUGUCGAGUUUGUCCGCUUCACCGACGGCAUCACAAACACCCUGCUAAAGGCCGUCAACCGUCGUCCGGGCCUGUCCAAGGCUGACAUUGACCGCGAGGCCAUUCUCCUCCGCGCGUAUGGCAACGGUACCGACAUUCUCAUUGACCGCGAGCGAGAAGCCGCCAACCACGAGCUGCUCAUGAAGCACAACCUCGCUCCCACUCUUCUCGCACGCUUCGCCAACGGCAUGCUCUACCGCUUCAUUCCCGGUGGCGUCGCCCAACCCAAAGAUCUGCCCGAUCCUGUCCUCAGCAAAGCCAUUGCCCGGCGUCUGGCACAGUGGCACGCUACAGUCCCUUGUCUGCCCGACACGAGAAACUCGACCACCAGCAUUGAUUUGACAGGCAGCAGUAACAAAGCCAAGAUUGCCAACGCUGCUCCCGGAAAGCCCGUCCCCAACCUUUGGUCGACCAUCCAGAAAUGGAUUCUUGCUCUACCGGUCGGCACUGAGGCCGAGCGCGAGCGCCAAAACACGCUGCAAACGGAGAUGGAGCUUCUCGUCAAGCAGCUUAGCCAACGUCCAGGAUUCGGACAAAACGGCCUUGUCUUUGCGCAUUGCGAUCUGCUAAGCGCCAAUGUCAUUAUGCACAACGACGACGACAAGCCUUUCUCCGUCAGCUUCAUCGACUACGAGUACGGCACUCCCUCGCCUGCCGCCUUCGACAUUGCCAACCACUUUGCCGAAUGGGCUGGGUACGACUGCGACUACGCCGACAUUCCUAAGCACAGCCAGCGCCUAGCCUUUGUGCGCGAAUACAUAGAGACCUAUGCACAGCUCUCAGGCGAGGACCUCGACCUUGACCGCGAGACGACCAAGAUGAUGCAGGAUGUGGACGACUUCCGCGGUGUGCCCGGCUUCUACUGGGGUAUCUGGUCCUCGAUUCAGGCCACAAUUUCCAAGAUCGACUUUGAUUAUGCCUCAUACGCAGAGCUACGCCUAGGUGAAUACUGGGCAUGCAAGGCUGAGCAGGACGGCACUCGUGCGGCUUCGGGCAAGGAGAUGCCCUUGCGCGAGGUGACGUGGGCAAGUGAGUAG